GAUCGCCUGACUAAAGCAGAUGUAUCUAAUAAUGUCUAAUCCAUCUCUAAUUCCAAAUAUGGCUUUCCCCUCUCUGUUGCUCUUUUCUUCCUCUCCUUAGGACUGCUCUGAAUGACAGCCUGCCUGAACUCCAGGUGGCCCCGUCACAGCCCCAGACUCCCUUGCACCAAUUUAAUAACACACGCAGCAACCUCGUUGGUAAGACAGAGACAAUCAGAAGCUUUUUGCAAGCUGAAGACGGAGUCUAGUAGCCUAUCCGGUUCUAUCGCUCCCUUGUCUUUCCAACAAAUUGAACGACAGGUUUUGCAGGCCUAAUUAUUUCUCGGGUAAUCAAUCUAGUCUUCUAUCAUUUCAUCUCUCCGCCUCACUAAACGCAAGCCUAUUUCCCCAUUCCCUCCUCCAUGCAAAGGAAGUAGCUCCUAGCUUCUAACCCACACUAAUGAUCUUGCCCUUGAUUGAUAUUAAGCAAAAGGAGACAUUUCAAGACAGGGCACGUCAUCUUCAAUUCCCAAGACCUGGAAUUGUCACUCUAAUGUUAGUGGACCUAAAAGUCUGGAGCCCCAGAAGGACGGAGAAGCCUGCUUACCAUGACGUGCCCCACCUUUCACGCUAUUCACCAGACCUGGAGGGCACCUGGGUCACGGGGGACAAGGAAGGCUUCAAAGCCCAGGAAGACAUGCAUCCAUGUCCUGAAAGCACAAGUAGAACUGCGAGGACCACACUGUGGCCGGAAGACAGGGCUCUCUUCCCACACACUGAGGUCUCCCGGCAGAGCUCUUCCUUCGCUGCCAUGCCAGCCUGUCAAGUUAAUGACCUCAGAAUCCCGGACCCCUCCUUGAUGAAACACUUAGCUGUACCCGUGCCAGCCAGGCUGCUGGUCUGUUUCUGCGCAGUGAAUAACUUCAUGGCCCCUCAUGGGGGCGCCGGCCCAGCCCCGCACCUGGCCCUCCGGCUGGCCGCGGGGGCGGGAGCUGCGGGCCUCGCCCCAGGCCCUCGGGCCGUGCAGCUGCCCCACGCGGCGGUCCCGGGGCAGCCUCGCCCGGCGCGGGUGAGGGGCGCGGGCUCGGGCUCCCCGCGCGUGCGGGCUCCGCACACCUGCCGGCCCGCGAGGUUCAUUAGGCGGCGCCUGUGCAGCCGGGCCGGGCAGCCGCGGAGGGAGUCCGGGCCAUGGGACCCACCCGGGAGCCCCGCCAGGAACCGCGGGGUGAGCGCCUGGGCUGGUCUGGGGGGCCUCUGGCCACACGGCCAGUGGGUGUCAGCCGACUCUAGAGCUUGGGGAGGCCGAGGGGCUGGGGUGGGCCAGGUGCUAGGGAGGCCCACGGCGCCGCACCCUCCAUCCUUGGGGUUGGAUCACUCUCCACGUGGAGGAGAAAACGCAGGCCCGGGAGUCCCAGGACCAUUCUGGUCUAGGUUCCGACACCAGUCACCUUUCUUACCUGGGCGUAUCACUGUAAUAUGUCGCAUUUCUCGAGCACCUGCUGUGUACCAGGUCAGUGCCUGCUGGCUCUCCACAGGCCAGGAAGGUGGAGGCAAGCCCCUGGCUGCUGGGCUGAAGGAGGAGAAACCACUGCGGAGUUCAGCCCCCGACCCUCAGGGUGCCCCGGAUGAGGAACCACCCCUCUCCUGCGCUGUCUCCUGGGAGAAGAAGCCGUCAGAGGCCCCUGGAGAACUAACUGGGGCUGAUGCUGGGAGAGUGUGCCAUCCAACUGGCUCGGGGGCUCUCCACAAAGACAGAACUCUGGCCCCACCUAGGCCCCAGCCCCAGGGGGAAGGCUGCGCCCUCCCGGUGAGAGAGGUGAAGCCAGGGAAGAGGCCCUGCUCUCCAGCCCCCAAUAAGCAGAAAAAGCCUAAUGCCGUGGGUUUGGCCUCCACAUCAUCUCCUGGUGCCACUAACUCAGCCCAUGGCACACACAACCCAGUGCCUUGUGGGUCAGGCCGGGGACCUUGCCAUCUGUCCAACCUCCUCAGCACAUUGGCCCCAAACAGCCACCACACAGACCAGAAGAAGAGGCCCCCAGAAGUGCCCUGCCAAGUUCGGAAAAAGACUCGAACACUAUACCGCUCAGAUCAGCUGGAGGAGCUAGAAAGGAUCUUCCAAGAAGACCACUACCCAGACAGUGAUAAGCGCCGGGAGAUCGCCCAGACGGUGGGGGUCACCCCCCAACGCAUCAUGGUGUGGUUCCAGAAUCGCCGGGCAAAGUGGCGAAAAGUGGAGAAACUGAAUGGGAAGGAGAAUAAGGACAGUCCUGCAGGGCCCGCCCCUACCCCUGCCAGCAGUCAGUUCAGCUCUGCAGCUGAGCUGCCACCGACUGUGCCCAUGGACCCAGAGCCUGGUAUCUUCCCUCAGGUGGCCCCUCUGGAUACUCUUCCAGAGCCGCCCAUGCUGCUGAUGUCUGACCAGACCCUGACCCCAACCCAACAGAGUGAGGGUGCUCAGAGGGUGGCGGUGACCCCACCACUCUUCAGCCCCCCACCGGUUCGAAGAGCCAACCUUCCUUUUCCCCUCGGCCCUGUCCACACCCCCCAACUGAUGCCUAUGCUGGUGGAUACUCCUGACAGUGACAGCAGCCACAAGAAUGGCCCCUGUGGGUCCUGGGGGACAAGUGUCACGCCACCACCCACUUGCUCAUACUUGGAAGAGCUGGAACCCCAGGACUACCAACAAAGCAACCAGCCGGGACCGUUCCAGUUCCCCCAGGCUCCACAGCCCCAGUUUUCAUACCUGCAUCCCUUCCCCUUCCACGUGCCCAGUUCACUGACACCUCCACUGCCAGAGGACUCUCUUUUCACAUUGCCUUAUGGCCCCAAUGGGGGUACCUCGCAGGGCUACUUCCCAGGUCCUCCAUCAGGGCAGAUCCUGCUGCAGCCACCUGCUGGGAACAUGAGUACAGUCCCCUGGAAUGACCCCUGCUUGCCAGAACUGCCCUUCCCCGGUCCCUUCUGUCCACCUGCUCUGGGGCACCCCCCAGGAGGCGAUGGCCACUUCUCCGAUCUUUUUCCAGCUUCCUGUGCUCAGGUUACGAGCAGGCAGCCUUCUCCAGGUCUCACCCGGCUGCCUGAAGGGGCCAGACCAGGAACUGGGCCUGUACUCGGCAAGGCCCAAGAGGAGCAGCCUGCUGUCUCUGUGGAGCAGCCCUCGGCACCCAAGGAGGUUCGAGAGGAAGACAAGAACAGCCAUAGCCCCUAGUCAUGGGGCUGAGGAGAGAAAAGAGGCUGCUCCGUGAGAGAGUGUUGGGGUGCCAGUGGGGAGAUGGCAGUUGAAGUGUUAGGAACGACAGUGGAUUCUGUUGCCUGGGGUGGAAGUCGGUGGAUUCCCCCUGUGUGGGCUCAUGUUGCUGGACACUGAUUGGAGAAGGAAGAGGGCUGGCCCUGCCCUUUUCUCCACACCUCUUUAUGGUGGUCCUGAAGACAGAGGAUGGCUGUAUUACUUCUGAAUGUUUAUCAGUUUGUGUUGUUUCCUUUCCUUGCUAGACAAAUGAGCCAGAGUGUCCAUUGUAAGCAAUAAACUAGUCUACUCUU